GCACUCACCACAACCAUGCAAAAGUCAGGGCAGAUAUACCAGAAAAUAGACGAGAAACGAGCAGAGUUGGCGAGCUUGACGGAAAUAAAGGACUAUACAGAAAGGUUGACGUCACAGCUCGAAGUUUUGGAGACAAAACUCGAGGAAAUGGUCGAUGGGGCCGAAAGUGUCAACCUCGUGUUAUCCACAUGGCAGAAUGUUGUUAGAUCCAUUUCAUUAGCUUCGCUUGGCUUGUACAAAUACUCACAGAAUGACUACGAGAGCCUGACGCCGUUGCCAGAAGGAUUGUUGAGAAUCAAGGUCAUACCCGAAGGAGAAGACGACGUUGAUGUUGAUGAAGUCAAUGCUGAUGCUACUGAUACGAGAGAUGUUUAAUGGGUGGAAAUAGUUUAUAUACGUGUAUUAUAGCUUCUAUAUGUUCAAAUCGGUUUCGGUUUUAAUAGAAUGAAUCCAGUUAAGUAUAUUAUACUUUUUGGCGUAGCCAACAGAUUUGUGGAAGAAACUAUUAUCCAACUCGAACAACAAAACAUUGUCUUGGUUGAACUUGGGCUCCUCCUCCUUCAACAUUUGUUCCAAGAUAUGGAUUUCUUUGUCAUGAAUAGAUAGCACCGUUUUGAAAAGAACCAGGCUCUUGAGCUUUCUCGUGACAAACGCAUCUGUCUUUUCAGAGGUGCUAUUCAACUCGCUCCAGUCUUCUGUGAUCGAUAAUAAUCUACACCAGAUUUUCUUUGUCUCGAGCUUGUAAGUGGCUUCAUCUGGCAACAAGGACGCCACUCGAAACGCGUUGGAGAACCCAUUGUUGAAUUUUGACGAAGGCCUUACAAACGUCAAGUAGUCUAUCAACACCGAUUCUCCGAGAGUUUUGUUAUUAAUGAAGUCUGGAAAUGUGUGUUGAAAGAUACCUUGAGCUGCACUUUGGUCAAGAGCAUUGUUGACAAACUUGAGGAACAUCUUCAACUUGAGGUCUUCAUCACCCUGGGAUUUUAUCACAGCUUCGUUCACAUACUGGAAUAAAGACCGCUGGAUUCUGAUAAGGAUUAGCUUCGUUUCAAUUCUAAACAAUGUAGAAUCAACGUCCAUCUUACCAGCGGUCUCGGAAGCCAUAGCACUCAACUUGGCCAAAGAAUACUUCAACUCUUGAUUGUUCUGAGAUUCGCUACCAUUGAUCUCUGCCGACCUCAACAAAUAUCUUGAAGCAUCGGCAUACUCGCCAUCUAGUAGCUUUCUGAUCCAGGCGACAUUAGAAGCCAUGUCGUAUUUGCUCUCCAAAUAUUGAUCCAAUAAGU